AUGUCCUCUUCAAGGUUAGAACUAGAAAAACGUCGAAUUCCGCUAGCGGAGAUCAUUCGGGCCACAAAACACUUCAGUUCAGAAAAGCUGAUCGGAGAUGGUGGAUUUGAUAUGGUCUACAGUGGACAACUCUCUGAACAAUGGAAAAACCGCCUAGUAGCCAUUAAACGCCUUAAUCCUAAUGGAUGUCAAGGAGACGUCGAGUUCAAUAAUGAAGUCAAGAUGGUUUCAAAUUUCAACCAUCCGAACAUCAUCCCAUUCGUUGGUUACUAUGAUGAUGCAAAUGAGAAAAUUGUAGUUUACAAAAACCUCGAUCAUCACCUCCAAGGCAAAAAUAAGAGGCUUCACCUAACAUGGGAACAACGCCUGAAGAUUUGCUUGGGGGCAGCAAGAGGGAUAAAGUACCUACACUUUGGUGUUGGGGAGCAUAGGAGAGUAAUUCAUAGAGAUGUGAAGAGUGCAAAUAUUUUGUUAGAUGAUAAUAUGGAAGCCAAAAUAUGUGAUUUUGGUUUGUCAAGAUUAAGUCCAAGAAAUCAGCCAGAUACCCAUGUCCGUACAAGAGCUGCUGGUACGUGGUUUUACAUGGAUCCAAUAUACAACGAACGAGGUAUGCUCUCUAAAGAGUCCGACAUAUACUCAUUUGGAGUGGUAAUGUUUGAAAUGUCAAGUGGAAUAUUGGCUUAUAAUACUAGACACUUUAAAGAUACCAAACAGCAAUCUUUGAUCCACAUAGUCCGAAGCUAUUAUGACGACAAUAAAUUUGUUGAUGGAGUUGACAAGUUGAUAGAUUCUGCUAUCAAAGGGCAGAUUAAGAUGAGUUCUUUUCAUAAAUUUAAUGAUAUUGCACAUGAGUGCAUUAACUUUGACAUAAAGAAACGCCCUACAAGAGAUAGGAUUAUCGAGGCGAUCCAGGAAGCACUUCGUAUUCAAGUAGAAUGGCUUUGUUCUAGUUUGACUCUAAUACGUCUACAUAUUAUGGGUAUAUAUCAUGUUGCUGUUCAUAUCUAA